AUGAAAACGAGCAUCGCCCUGUCGUCGCUCCUCGCCAGCUUGGCCGCGGCGGCCGAGUCCUGCCCCGACUACUCAGACUACGCCCAGCAACGCCAUGAACCGUUCAGCUCCGGCCAGCACAAGCUGUCAUACCAGCGCCCGGCUCCGGCCUGCCGCACCUUCAACUCGUCGGACGUCGAGGAGGUGAUCGAGCGCAUGGAGUCGGCCAUCUCGGACCCGGACCUGUACAGGCUCUUCCAGAACACGUACCCCAACACGCUGGACACGGCGAUCAAGUGGCGGGGCGUGGCGGCGAACAACAGCGACGAGGAGCUCACCUUCGUCAUCACGGGCGACAUCAACGCCAUGUGGCUGCGCGACAGCGCCAACCAAAUGCAAUCGUACCUGCCCGUGCUCAAGGCCGACCCGUCGCGCGACGGCGUGGCCAGCCUGUACCGCGGCGUCAUCAACCUGCAGGCCCGCUACCUCCUGACCAGCCCGUACUGCAACUCCUUCCAGGCUCCCCUCGAGAGCCGGAUCCCGGCCGCGGAGAACGGGGCCGCGGCCGCCGACUCGGUGACGCCGCCGUACAGCAACGCCAGCGUGUUCGAGUGCAAGUACGAGCUCGACAGCCUCGCCGCCUUCCUCGAGGUCAGCGCCAACUACUACAACAGCACGGGCGACCUCGACUUCUUCGGCCGCUUCCAGUGGGUGUCCGCCGUGCAGGCCGUGCUAGGCGUCGCGAGGGCCAUGCAGACGCCCACGUACGGCGCCGACGGCGCCGUCCUCGACAGCCCCUACAAGUUCACGCGCCAGACGACGCGCUCGACCGAGACCUUCGCCAACGACGGCCUGGGCAGCCCCGUCGCCGCCGGCACGGGCCUGAUCCGCUCCGGCUUCCGGCCCAGCGACGACAGCACCACCUUCCAGCUCUUCAUCCCCGCCAACAUGAUGUUCGCCCGCUACCUCGAGCCCACCGCCGAGAUCGUCGCCGGCCUCGGCGCCGGCGCCCCCGCGGGCCUGGCCGACGAGAUGAAGGCCCUAGCAGCAUCCCUCCGCGCGUCCAUCGCCAAGUACGGCAUCGUGCCCACCAAGCGGGCCCCGGACGACAGCAGCGGCGGACACUUCGACACGGUGUACGCCUUCGAGGUGGACGGCUUCGGCUCCUCUCUGAUCAUGGACGACGCCAACAUCCCGUCGCUCCUGGCGGCUCCCUUCCUCGGCUACCUCGACGCCGCCGACCCCGUGUACCGGCGCACGCGCGCGCUGAUCCUCGACGCCGCGACGCCCAACGGCAACCCGUACUUCAUGCGGGGCCCCGUCGUCGGCGCCGUGGGGGGCCCGCACCAGGGCCCGGGAAUGGCCUGGCCGAUGGCCGCCAUCGUGCGCAUCCUGACGUCGGACGACGACGACGAGAUCGCGGGGCAGUUGAGGGAGAUUGUCGGUAGCACCGAUGGACUGGGGCUGAUACAUGAGAGUAUCAAUACGUUUGAUCAGUCUCACUGGACCAGGCAGUGGUUUUCAUGGGCAAACGGACUCUUCGGACAGAUGAUCAUCGACUUGGAGGUCAGGAAGCCGCACCUGUUGAAGCAAAGCUACCAGUGAAUGGAGGUCCAAUCUAAGUUACCUCCCUUACCUAUAAUUGCAAUACACAGCAUCGUCACGUUGUCAAACACUGCAAAGAUGGAAGAUGGAAGAUGGUUUGUCAUGACAGUUUGUCAUGACACUUGAUAUUCCUUGGACCCUUCUCUUUUUUUGUGACCAUCUCCAAUGUGGAGAUCUCCAUGUUUAUAGAAGCUUCUAUGCUAGGUUUAUGACGUCUAACUCCUUGAAAAAUCCAAUGCCCCAUUCCCCAUUUAUCGUCAUGCAAGAUUGUGCUCCCAUAGUUCAUCUUUAGAACUGUUCCAAAUCCGAAGACCGCGUUCCAAGUGCGCGGUCAUUUGGUUUGUUUUCCUUCUCUAAAGCAUAAAAAUAAAAGUGGUAUCAAAAAGUUUCGCCAAAGAACGACCAAAAAAAAUGAAAGACUC